AUGCUGAGCGGCGCCAUUUUGUCCGCCGCGCCGGUGAGCCUGCGCGGCCUGGCGCCGGGGCUGCCGCCCGCGCGACCUGCUCUCCUCGCCCUAGUCAUGCAAGCACUGCAUGCCAGCGAGACUAGCUUCCUAGGAACUCGGUACGGGGCGCGCACCCUGUACCAGACGUACCCCGCACGGCGCACCUCACUAGCCACUAGCCAGUCUCAACUGUACCGCGGAGCGCACUAG